AUGGAAUCUAAUUUUGCGAAAUUUCAUAUUAACAUGAUUCAAAGAUGGUAUAAGGAACAUUUACAAUUAGAUUUAAUGAAAAUUAAUAAUUCACCAGUUGUUACACUUGAAAUUUCAAGAAAAGCUUCUCAAUUAGCAAUAGAAGAUGGGGAUGAAUUAAAAGAUUUUUUAAAUAAAUUUAUUGAAAAAAGAAAAAAAAUCGUGAGGUGCAAGAAUCAAAUAGGAGUAAAUAAAAAUGUAAGAAGUGCAGAAAUUAAUGUAAAAUUGUUUUUGAAGCUAAUGGAAGAUAUAGAAAUCUCUGAGAAAAGAAGUGGUAAUAUUUCAGGUAAAGAAAAUGCCAAUAAAAAGGAAUAUGUAUGUAGUAAAUGUAAAGAAAUAGGACAUAAUGCAAGAACAUUUGCGUUAAGUAAUAAUUGCGUUAAGUAG